CUCCACUUUGUCUAGAUAUUCUCCAAAUAUACACCAAAUUGAAAUAUGGCGUCUAAUUUGAAUUGUAAUUGUUCUGGAGUGACUAGCUUCAUCUCAGGUGGAAACACAAAAGGAUGAUCACAUGUUUGAGAGGCUAGUCAGUCCAGAACAAUGGCAUUCAAAUUACACACCAUAUUUCGAUUCAGUGUAUUGUCUUCGUUAUAAUAGUUGUUGUCUGUCAAGACCUCUAUGGAAUUUUAUAUUGUUUUUUUUUUCUUGUAGAGACACCCUCUGACAUCCUGGAACUUUAAUGCGAAGAAGGGGAGGUCCUCCCCCAUGGGGAUCACGCAACAGGUCGCAUCCUCCCUCACCACCACCACCACCUGAGUAUUAUGACAGGUUUGAUCACCCACCACCUCCUCCCUCAGGAAGGGCACCACCUAGAUUUCGGGAUAAUCCACAUUUAUCAAGACCUCCUCCUUGGAUAAGAGACAAGUUUGAUGGUCCACCCAGACAUCCACCAUGGGCAGAUGAUUACUCUCCUCCACAACGCUGCCCGCCACCUGGUUGGUCAGCUCCUCAGGGCCCACAUCCUCCUUCAUUUAUUGAUGAUGGUCCAUCCAGAACCCCCCCAUGGAAAAGUGACUCGCCCCCACAUCAUCCACCCCUUCCUCCACUCAAUGAUGAUGAUCCUCAAAGAACCCCACCUUGGAAAAGUGACUCUCCACCUCGUCCUGCUCCACGAUCUUCAUUUGCUGAUGAUGACUUUGAUAUUCCUCCUCCCCCCCCUCCUCAUUAUCUUCCAAAUAGACCACCUAGAGGAAGAAGGAGAGCUGGACGUGGUGGCAUUCCUGGUAGAGGAUCACUCAGUGGAAGGGGUGAAGCUCCUAAAAGAAGAGCCAUGAUUUCAAGAGGUACAAAUCAAGCAAAGGUUGCCAUGAUGAGGGGUGCAAAUAAUGGAAGAGGGUCUUCUCCAGCCCCAAGGGGUAGGGGUGCAGCCAUUACAACUAGGGGAGCUCAAAGUGCAGCAAGGGGUAUGCCUAUCACACGAGGACAGACUAGGGGCAGAACCAAUGGAUCUAGAGGAGCAGCAAGGGGUACUCUUACAUAUAGAGGAGGAAUAUGUGUCUCCAAUAUUAAUGGUAAUGCAGACAGUAAAGAGGAUAUAUCAGGACUGUCAGAUGAUACUAGCAAAGGAUUGGCCAAAUGGCUGAAUGCUAUCAGGAAUGGGAAGUUAGAUACAGAAUGCCAAACCUCAACAGAGGCUGCUGGAAACAACAUUAAUGCAGCAUUGCCACAGAAACAAGAUUUUCAAUCAACAAAUACAGAUGCAAAGACUGGAAAAGGGAAUAAUGUGAAUAACUAUGGCGCAAAGGACAAGCAAAAGACACAGCCUAGUGUUGUCAAAGGUACUUGAACAAUAAUUAGUGCAAAAACACACAGAACACCACAGAAUUAAUGUGCUAAUCAUUAGGAAGCUUCAAUUGCCCCCCCUCCCUCCACUCCCAGACAACCCACAGGCAUUUUACCUUUGUCUGUGCCCUGGCGGUGGAAAAUUUGAACCUUACCUGGCUGGGGUGGGGAAUUUGAAACAGAAUUAUCAAGUCUUUCCAACAGAAUACAAGUGUUACAUCUCAUUGAAUAUGAAAGAGUUUAAAAGUAGAUAGUUCAGUUUUGCCAGCAAACAGCUCAGAAUGAAAAGUGUACAAAGUCAAGGUGAAAAAGCUUGUAUCCUGUAGAAAGUCAUGAUCACUGUUUUGCCUUUUCCAUGGAAAAUUGAGGCAGCAUUUGAACUCAAUUUUUUUCUCUUGGGGGCAUGAUAACACUGAAGCUUGCUAGUCAGGUGAAUGAAGGUGCUCUUACCUCCUCUUUUUUUUAAAGCACAAUCUACGAGGAAGGCAUGACAUUACUUGGAAUUAUGUUUUUCAGUGAAAUACUUCAGUCAUAAAAUAUUAAUUAUGAGUUGGUUUGUGCAAUGUGACUAGCAGAGUUCUCUUAAAAUGCUAUCAACCUGCUAUAAAUGGUUUCUGUUGAUUUUUCAACUGAAUAUCUUAUGGCAAUACACUUGACGUUUGGGAAGGUAUGUGAGCUUGAGUGCUAGUAAGAUUAAUUUCAUGUAUAGUUUAUUGUACAAGAGCACAAUAACACUACCUCUGAGGGCAGAUAGUGAUGAGAAUGAAUACAGCUGUUUUGAAAAGGGUUGACAGGGUUAGAGGUAAAAGUGCCCAUGACAACCCCUAAAGGUAUUGUCGGCAGUUUCCAGGUCACAGUUCCUUGACCUCAGAAUUUCAGGGAAAUCUGAGAAAAUGUCUCUGAAAGGACCAGGCAUUGGGGGUUUGAUGAAUUUAUUUGUUUAUUUCACUCAGCGAAACUCACCUAUUAUCAGAUUAUUAUUACCUUUCGAGAUUGCAGCUUGCAAUUUUGUCCUUUUUUCUGACAACAUUUCUCAAAACAGCUGUAUAUCUUUUCCACCAGGAUAAGUGAUCAGGUUUUAGGUAAAAUCCUGUCCAGUUAUCCCUUUUUUGUUAACCUUGUCUUGGUACUUUUUAUUUACCUGUUGCUGGGUUUGUCUUGUUGUUGCAGUACCUGGGAAUCCUGACUUCAUUUCAUUCAAGAACAGUUUACAAGAAUGUUGCCAGAAGCAGCAGUUACCAGUCCCUUCCUACACAACUUGGAAAAAUAGCUUUGGUUACUCAGGAAAAGUUGAGGUUGCAAACAGUACUUUCAAAAGUACUGGUGUUCAAGGAGAGCGUAAGGAGGCCGAGCAAGGGGCUGCAUAUUCUGCUUUAAUGGCUCUGGGCCUAAUUGAUGCCUCUGUCAAGUUUGAUGUUAAAACUGCUGCAGGUAUACAUGUAGUUUCUUUUUUAAGUUGAGUUUUGGCUAUAAUUACAGUUAUAUGUGUCUUAACUCAGAAGGCCUCAGCCUGUGAACACCUUUGACAGUUCCAUGAGGAUUGUAGUAAUUAACAAUUUUCCUGUGAGUGUGCGUUGGAUGUGAGAUGGUAAAUAGGCAACAAGGUGCAUAUUGCUGAGUUCGCUGUAACCGAUCUUGCACCUGAAAAGCAUUAAUGGAGUAAUUGUUUGUUUGUGUUUUUUUAAUUUUAUUAGUACAUUCUUGGAUGUUUGAAUAUUUUCAGCCUCCAACACAUAGCAAUGCAUUUCCUUAUAAGGUGACUCAGAAUAUGAGUUGAUAACCAGAGUUGAGUGAACCAAUUAGAACAUUAUUUAAUGUAAUGUCUAGGUUUGAAAAUUUGAUAAUGAUUGUUGUUGUUGUUAUUAUUAUUAUUAUUAUUAAAUUAUUAUUAUUAUUAUUAUUAUUAUUAUUAUUAUUAUUAUUACAACAGUUAUCUGUAAGGGGGUGAGGGGCUAAUCAUUCUUCACUCGACAUGAAUAUCCUUCAUAUGGUUCUUGGAAAACUCUGUAGUUUCAUGAAAUUUUUCAGUAUCUUUAUCCAGGGCUAGAAAGAUGUGGGUCAUCGAUAGUCAUGUUAAAAGAAUUAAAUCUAUUAGUUUUUAUUAGUCUAAAAGACUUUCAUGGUCAUUUUCUAUUAGACAAGAGGAAAACAAGAAACAUGAAUGAUUGCAUUCACAUUAUUUCUACUGGAAAGGUAGUUAUAAGGAAGUUUUGGGUUCAAAAUGGCUCGAAGCUGGUGUAAAGUACCUUGUGCCUGUUUUGGUGGAUCUGAAAUGUCAUGAAUUAUUUUCUACUGCCCUGUAUUUUAAUACAUCUUGCGUGGUCUGCUUCCUUUGCAGUCAUCAAGCGGCCUGCCGUAGACAACAGCAUUGUGCUUGAUCCAGCUGGAAAGAGAUUAAAACUUGAGGCAACUUCCACUGUGGCUACUUCCUACAAGAGCAGACUGAAUGAAUUUUGCCAAAAGUUUCGUCUUUCAAUUCCAUCUUAUGACACUGAUAAAGUGGAAAACGGAAAGGGCUUCCUUACCACUGUCGUUUUCAACAAAAAAGUUUAUAAAAGCAAUGGACCACAGCCCACAAAAAAACAAUCGGAACAGAAUGCUGCACAAGUUGUUUUACACUUUCUGAACCAGUGUCCUCCUCCAGCACCCAGUUAUCAGGAUUAUAUGGAACAAUGCAAGAAGCUCACCUCAGGACAGGAUCAACCGUCAGAAUCCAUUGCUACAGAGGCAUCUACCACUGCAGUUACUACUACAAGUAAGAAUUCCUCGAUUUUAGAUUACGACACAACAGUAUGACUUGGUUCUCACAGGUAAUCUGUAAUUUCAACAAUUGCAGAAAGAAAUCCUGAAAAAUUCCAGUAUUUGAUGUGAUUCAAACCCAUGCUUCCCCCCAAUUACCUGUUGUGUCGUAGAAUCAACUGAGCUACCAAGCCUCACGUUGGGAGUGAGGCAAAUUUUAGAGGGUUCUUUUUUCCCGUGAAGGAAUCUGGUUUAAACCUUUUUAUUUUCAUAAAACCAAUUCGAUCCACGGCUUGAUUUGUUACUACAUAACUUUGAUAUCACAUCCUUCUAUGUAAUUGACGACAAGCUGUCAAUGAACAACAGUCACGAGAAAUGUUUACUCCAUGGUUGCAGUAUAUCUGAAAAAGCUGCAGCUAUUGAUGCUAUUUGAUAGCUUGCCACCAUGCAUGCUCAGGUCUCCUCGUUCGUUGAAAAUUCCCAUUAUUUGGAGUCAAUAAAUGUUAAAAGUAGGGGCAGUCGAGAGUAGGCAAAUACCAUAUGGGCAGGAGUAAACUAAAUGUCAAAAAGGAUGAAGAAGACUAUCACGGAUUUCGACUAGCCAUGUUGGAAAAUUUAAGUCGAAUCUAUUCAAACCAUACCGAAGCUCUUCUGUGGUAUGCACACAAGAGACUCACGUAACCAACGCACCUGUCAUGUGUUGCCUAGGUGUCCUCAUGUGUCAAACACAUGCAAAGGACGUAACAGAAAGUAGUCACUUGCGACACGUCUCUAGUCUUGCUGUGAUUUUCUUCCUUUUUUUUUUCUUUUGCAAAUGAAAAAUUUUCCUGGGGUUGAAUUAACUUGUUGAUGGUGUUUCUCUAUUCAUGCUACGAAAAGUACUGUAUGUCUCCAUACUCCACUUGCGCUGUAUUUUUAAGUCCUUUUCCUCUUUUCACAUUGCCGCCUUUACCUUGAGUUAUAAUUAUGAUGAAAUCUUGUCCCAGCGACGUGAGAAAUUGGGACCAAGUCAUAUUGAUCUUCGACUGGUAACCAAAAUUGUCUCCUAACCUUUUCCCAGUAGUUUGUAAAUGUGACUGUUUCAUCCCUGUCAUAUGUCCCGCCUCACGUCUCUGUCGCGCGUCUCCUCAGUGUGUUCUACACGUGAUGUUGUCUCUGUCACGUCCGUCACGUUUGUCACGUGUCUAUGCAUCAUGGCCUCUUUCCGUCCAGCCGGAGGAAAACAUUUUGCGUCCACUCCCCAUUGCUCAAGGCUAUAGCGUAGUGUUAUGGGCCAGGUACUUUGUCUUCAUGGUAUCCCAUUCCAUAUAUACAUGGAUACCGGCAAACUGUGAAAGUUACCAGUCGGAAUGCUUCGGGGUAACCCGCAUCAGACUUCUCAUUACAAGGGGAGUGGCAUAAAUCUUGCUAUAACCCCGCACAAUGGGUCACCUGGUGCAAGUGACGACAUUUAUUCUCACCUUCAGGUCUUCGCUGUUAUGUCACUGCGAACGAGUGGAAACGUAUUGCGCGUGUCUUGACAAUGAGACAAAUGCAAUGCUCUCCUUCGCUUGCAUGAGGAAAUUUGAUCGAGUGGAGACGUAGGGUGUGUGUCUAGACAACGAGACAAAAGCAAUACUUUCCUUCGCUUUUAUGAGGAGAUUUGAUUGAGUGGAGACGUAGGGCGCGUGUCUAGACAAUUAGGCAGAUGCAAUGCUCUCCAUCGCUUGCAAGAGAAGAUUUGAUUGAGUGGAAAGGUAGGGCGCGUAUCUUGAUAAUUAAACAAAUGCAAUGCUCUCCUUGCUCGCAGGAGGCAGGUGGACGUGUUGUUCACUCGCUUCACCCCGCUGAGUUCAGCGGUAUAUCUUCGCACGUGACUUGCAACCAGUGGGCGUGUAUUGUCAAGAGUGACAUUUUUAGCGAUUUUUUCGAUGACUGGUUAAUCAAGUUUGUAUCAAAACGAUUUGAGCUCGCCUUAAUCUGAUCCCCCCUCACCUUAAAUACCUCCUAGACGUGAAAGCAAUACCUCAACAGUAAUUAAAUGCCGGUGUUGAGUGCCUUUCGUUUGUAUGUGAAUUGACAAAUGUUGUGUCGAAGUCAGGAGUUAAUCCCAGACAACAGUAGUAACACAUUUUUUUCAAAAAGCGUGAAAUGCUGGAAAUAGAAAAUGCUGCUAUCUUGAAAUGUCUAAGAAAAGAAAUUGAACCGAGGUAAUACGGAAGGUUUGAAAGAUGAAAUUGAGACCUAUAGUUCAUUUAUCAUCCCUGAAGUCGUUUUGUUGUGUUCAAAGUUUUUCUUACCUGGUGUGGCGUAUCUUCUUAAUCCUUCCAACCUUGUUUAUUUACUUGUAAUUCCAAACGGUAUUUCAGAAUACGGAGAUUUGCGACAUAAACCGAGGACCAUAGCCAAUUUUUUGCACAGCCUAGAUUUAGAUUCUUAUCUUUGUCAGACAAUUGUAAAGGUGCAAGUAAACUUGACCCCCAGACAGGCUUCCUCAGCUUAUCGCGUGGCCAUAAUACUUAUUGUCUAAAACCUUGUCUGACCUAAACAGGGUUCGCGACGAUUUAUCUUACUUGAGACGGAAGCGUUAAACACCCACAAAUCAAAGUUACUAUCAAGCAAACUUUGUAGCAAGAUACUCCACUUAAAUUUUACCCUGUUUGAGAUUUAUCCGUGGGUACAGAGUUCAUAAUUGUAUUGUCAACGUAUUCAGUUGUUUUAAGAAGUGUUUUAACAAAGGAAGCUUUCAUUUGUCCGAUCCAUGGCUACUUCAAUGACACGCUUCGAGGUGUCGGGUUACCUUGCGGUGCUUGCAGUGCUCAUUUGCAACAGCACAUUUUAAUCCACUCUUAUCUUCAAUCCAGGAGAGCAUAUGUUGGAAGAUCUACUUAAAGUUGUUAGUUUUGCAGUACGAAAGCCUCGGUACGAGCCCUUUUCAUUAGUUUCUAGACAUUAACAUUUGACCUUCUCUACUUUUCGCGCGCCUCUUAUGUCUGUCUGAUGGAUGAAGUAGACGUUAAUGAGAUGUACUAAUUCAACUGCCAUUAUGUGGAUUUGGAAUUUCCGGUAUUGGUCGCAAAAAUAUCACGUUUUUACGCUAAUAGCCGGAUGUUCUUGUUAAUCAAGGGGCGUUUGUAAUUUCCGAUCCAGAGUCAAUUGGAAAAUUGAAGCAAAAUUAUUUGCCCUGGUUAAGUUGCAGUCGUUCAUCAUUGCUGACAAGGUCUAUUAUGGAAUAUGAGCAGGGUACCCAACCCAACAAACGCAUACUCACAGGAAUCUCAACCCAAUUUCCGAGCACAACUUGUUAUAUUCCAGCUUAAAAAGCGCGGAUUAUUGGCUCUUGCCGAGUUAUUUUUAGAUUUUCUAGAUUUUUAUCCUAAAUUGACGCGUAAAAGAAGGUGGUCUGACGGAAAUUUUUCGAUCUCUCAUAUUUGUGUCGUAACGUUGAAACAAUCUCUGAGUCGUUUCUUACGGUGUUCAUUGUCGAAACACCUGUUGCAACGAAAAUAGUUAAUCCAAUUUGGACCGCAAGACGAGGUAAUUUUCCGGUUGCACCAAGGUCCAAUUUCAUGCGGUUUUAAGGCUCUUUGCCCCAUCGCUAUUUAAGUGCCAAAAGCAUUAAAAUGGCGACUUAUGAUUUUUUCUUUAUUAUAAUUGUUUUUAUUAAUGAUCUUGUUAUUAUUAAAAUUGAUGCUGUCCUUGUUAUUACUAUUAUUGUUAUUAUUAUUAUUAUUAUCAUUAUUAUUAUUAUUAUUAUUAUUAUUAUUAUUAUUAUUAUCUUAACACUAGUUGACCGAUUUUAACGAGUGGUUUAGACGCCUUACAACAAGCAUGCGCAGUACAUGAAGUCAUGGAAAGAUCUGCUUGGCUUUGAUCUCAAAUUUAAUCUCCAGUGAAAAACAACCAUCCUCAACUGACAACCCGAUCACCUCGGAAAUCUCAGCCAUCGGAGCUGACAUAUCUGAUCGAAAUUCGUGAGCCAGUGGGGACAAACCACUUUGGUUCAUCCAAAUAAAAAAAUCGGCAGUGAGAACUGAAUGUAGCUUUACGUGUUAAUCCUCCGUACACAUAGCAAAUGGACUGCGAAACAAGAAACAGAGCCACAAAUUAAACCAUUUGAAGGCGUGUUAUUCGUUGAGUUUUGUCCUUCGCGUUUUUUUUUUCUUUUUCAAAGAAAAAUCACCACUACCCAACUCCGUGUUAUUCUUGAUUCUGCUCUAUUCCACUCGUAAGUCCAAGUAUAAAGUCUUGCAUUUUCACCACAGUAGUUUUCCUCUUAACAUUUCUUUGCCUUUUCGAUUUUCAGUAAACGCAGCAGUAGUGCAACCGAUCUCUACAUCCACAGCGCCAAACCCUUUCGUACCUACAGACCAGAACAAUUCCGACCCUACAGCCUCAGAGACUCUUAAUGCAGACGUAGCAAAACCAACCAUUACUUUCACGUCGCACAAAAACAAACUGCAAGAAUACUGCCAGAAGUCCAAGAUAGAACUACCUGUUUACUCCUGUCAAAGGGAAAAUGGCGUCUUUACUUGUACGGUUCAUGUCGCAGGACGAUCGUUUUCCAGUAACGGCUGUAACACUAAGAAAGGCUCAGAGCAGACUGCGGCCAAUAUAGCGCUGAAAGCUUUGGGACUUAUUUAACACGGUUUGUACGCAGUUUUGACACAUUUCUAUUGCGGGCGUAGUCGUGGUUUGGGCACAGGAAUGCACAAGGUAUGAAAAAUAAUUUAAGACCAUGAUGGAAAUUUAUUUUGUAUCCAUUACCUUGGUUUCAAUGGGACGCAAGAGACGUUGGUCAGGUUUUUACCUCCGUGGAGAGUUCGGUUAAGAAAAGUCUAUGAAAUGACAAGCGCUUUGUUCGGGCGACAUGUUGGACAGAGCGGGUGCUCCCGCAGGAGUCUUCCAAGGACUUUCGGCACAGCACCCGGAGCGAUGUCGGGUUCGCUCGGGUUUACGGUCGGUAACCAACAUGGUGCCCGAACGAGAUGUUAUCAUCGCAUUAAGGAUUAGUUUGUCGUUAUUUGCAACGUCGAACUUUAACUUAUGACUCAGUUUCUUGUAGAAUUUUAUUUGAUUAGACAGAAGCACUCGUGAUUGAACGUUUGCGAGACUAUGAUCGGACUCAUUAGCAUUUUAAUGAGAAACUCUCAUUAAACGAACUGGAUUAAAAACUAGGCUGCCACAGUUACAUCUGUCGUGUUGUACUAUGUGACGGAAUACAUAAGGAGAAACCGUUAUACAACAUUAUUUUACUGGUUAUAGUUUUUUUUUUUUAUUCACUUUGUCUUUGAAAUUAUAACACCUCGAACGGUCAACUGUAAGGUACCAGAAAGAUUCUUCUUCUCCUACAACAUGUUGUUUUAGCUGUCGCGCUAAAAAAUUGAAGGGUUUUACAACGUCGUCGACAGAUAUCUUGACUUGCCUAAAAUAUUCUCUUAUCGUUCGUUUCGUGAAACUAAUGUCAGAAUCGGGUGUUUAAAGGCUUUUAAAUUGUCUCAAAGUUAAAUGUAUGAAAAGGAAAAUCAAAUGAAGUAGUUUUCUAGAGGAAUCGGCGAAGCUAGACCAACGUUUUGGUCGAGAGUUGUAACCAUACUAGUUGUUGUAAAUAAAUGCGUUAAGUGUUUGAAAGUGUAGCGGUUGACCUCGCGAGUGACUUCGGAUCUGGGAGCUUUGUGCGUGCAUUCUGGCGCCCAUUCGCGCGUGUCGCGCGUGGCACGCGGAGCACUAGAAACGAGUCGAUUACUACGAAUCCUUACUGUUGCCCAGAAACAAUAUGAUCUCGAACAAAAUUAACUCAGAUUUGUUUCUCUUUGUGCCAUGCUCGUGACAAGUGUGUUGAAGGAAAUUUUCCUUUCUUUCACAAUCAAGGGUAAAUUGUAUUCAUCGUCUUUUAUCGUUUCUUAAUAUAAUUUUCUUUUCUAGUCUUUAACUUUCGAGUAAAAAUCAGUUUUUCACCUUUAUUGAGUACAU